AUGAACGAACUAUCCGUAAAUGACGCCUUUGAUGACAUCGAACUUGAGUCUUUUGAUUUCAUUUGGGAAGAAUGGGAAGAGUACAAGGGUGAUGUGCCCUUGUGGCAACAUAUAUUCUGUGGAAGUAUAGCAGGGCUGAUGGAGCACGUUUUUAUGUACCCGCUGGACACGAUUAAAACGUAUAUACAAACGACCGAUCUUCUGAAGGGCAACAGGAGAGCGUACGACAGAUGCAACCUGUACGGACAAAAUGGGAAUGGGAGCAAUGUCAACGGCAUAAAUGCUCACAAAAGUGGCUUUCCUAUGGAUAAGAAAAAUUUUUGCACGUCUAGAGGAGGAUGUGAUGGGUGUAUUUAUAAGAAGACAUGUACUUAUGAUAAUUUUUGUAACAUGAAGAUGAUGGCUCCGUUUAAUAAAAAAGGUGUUUUCCACGCCAGCACACUUGGUGCUACAUCAGAUGGAUUGAGAAAGAGUAAACAAUAUUUGAGACAAUUCCUUUUCUGCGGUUUAAAUGUAGAACAAGGGGGAGUAAUGGCCCAGGUGGUGAAUAAAAAAAGUCAACCGCGUAAAUACCAUAGUAGAGUAAUGAAUAAACACUCUGGUACCGAGAGUAGAAGUGUUAAGCAGGAAAAAUGUGGUAACGGUGAGUAUAACCGAUUGGUCAGAUUAAGAAAGUACCGAGCAUGCAAUUUGUUUGAUAAACCUCCUGGGGGUGUUGGUGACAGCUGCAACGUGGGUAACUCCCAGAAUAUGAAAAUUCAUUCAUUAGCCAGAAGUCCUAGUAGGAUGGGAAGGAAUACCUUAAGUAGGGCUAGAAGCGGAGGAACUGUGCAAGCAAUGCAAGAAAUGAAAAACCUCCAAAGGUUUGGAAUUACUUGCGAUACAUCUACUAGUGCUGCUACGAAAUGUCAGUGUAAAGACAACACAAAUAAAGUCAUAUGUAACAAUCUUAAGAAGGAUGGUUGCCCCUGUUCAGUUGAUCGCACAGAGAUUAAUCAUUUGGGCUCCAAAAAAGUCACAGGGAGAAUUAUUUUCAAGAAGACCGGCAAUGGUGCACCCAUGUGGGGGCGAAAAAGUCAGUACUAUAAAUAUGCUGCAAAUGGAGAAACAGUGAAAAGUUGUAAUCCUGCACAGAAGGGUUACAUUGAAAUGAAGCUACUUCUCCGCAAGGUGGGGGCGAAUCAUGUAAUAAAAAAGAAUUUAAGGGGGAUAAAAAAGAUAAACAAUGUAUUACUAAAUGAUCUUUUGGGAAAAUGUACCCAUAGAACGAGUAGCAGAAGUGGUAACACUCAUUUGGUGCGUGUCGGGUGGAACAGCGGUCUAUCUUUGAGGAGAAUUUUAAAAGGUAGUGAUGUUCCAAGAAUAGCGAAUGAUAAGGGAUAUGUGAUAAGUAAGUCUAACAAACUAGGGAAGGAAACCAAUUUCUCUUUUAUUUUUGCGGAACAGAAAUGCGCAAGUAGUGGCAAUACUGAUGGGCGCAACAAAUUACGGUUAAGUAAUUAUUUGAAGCUGUUCCAAAGGACAAUUAAGAAUCCCCAAUUUGAUCAUUUCCUUCCCAGUGAGGCAUUCAAAAAAAGUUAUAUGUUCCAAAAAAAUGAAUGGAAAAUUUUUACCUCCAUUUUGGAAAAUAUAAAAAAGGGUCUUCUCUCAGCCAAGUGGUAUAAUAGUGGCCUAAGCACAUCAGUGUUAUCUAAUGGCCAAGCAGUGAUAAUGAGGAAGGAUGGCCUAAAUUCUUACUACUCCUUGUUAAGAAACAAUAACAACAUAUUUCGUAAUAACCUGUGUUAUGUAAGCAAAAGUUAUAUUUACAGAAACUUGUUUGACAGAAGUAUUCACUCUUCUUCAUGCAAAAAUAAUUUUUACAAAAAUAGGAACUCCAAUUUUAGCUACUCCAGAUUUAGCAGAAAUGGAAAAAGCUUUAACUUUAUUAGGAGCCUAUUUCCAGAUCUGUCCAACGGUGUGAACAUAAGAACGAGGCAAAACUACAGUUUGAGAAGAAGCAAUAUUUCCAAUCUGUACAAGGGGGUUAAUGUUGUCAUAUUAGGAUGCAUUCCUGCGCAUGCCAUGUAUUUCUCCACAUUUGAAUAUAGUAAAAAAUAUUUCUCCAGUAUAUGCUCUAAGAAUUUGGCUGUCCAAGUACGGGGCAGCGGGGGUAGCCGCCUGGAAGGGGGGAAUGACCAUGUUAAUACGAAGAAAAACAAAGGGGGAAAUUACCACUUGGGAGACCUAAAUUAUUUUGGCAUAGCCGUGUCAGGGUUUUUAGCAACCCUUGCGCAUGAUUUGAUUAUCACCCCCAUAGAUACGCUAAAGCAGAGGUUGCAGUUAGGCAUAAACAAAAAUUCUUUGGAUUCGAUAAAGAUCUUAAGGGAACAUGGAAUCAGGAGUUUAUAUUUAAGUUUGCCAAUAACCCUGCUCAUGAACAUCCCCUACCAAAUUAUUAUGAUAUGUACAAAUGAAAAAAUGAAGAAACUUUACUUCGAGUAUUUUUGCGGCAUGAGUGGGGGGUUGGGUAGGAAUAACAGCCAAGGUGCGUGCAACACUGCUGGGAGUAGUGAUAGGAGUGACUCUGUUGCAGGAGGAGGAGGUACAAACGCAGAAGCAAAGGAAGAGAGCAAAAAUACACCUGCGAGCAAUGGUACGUACCGUCUGCACAAUAGCGAAGCGAAACGCGGUGAAGCAGGCGCUUCUUCGGACAAGUUACUUAGCAGCAUGAAAGAACUUCGCUGCAACAAUGACAAAUUAAUCAACAUGUUCAUUGAGAAGGACACAAAUUCGGUGAAUUAUAUGAGUAAAAGUCGCGGCCAAAAGUACGCUCCAAAUGGGGGGAAACAUGCUUUGCUGACUAGCCAAACAACAUUCGAUGGGGAACAGAUGAACGAGGAAGUUUUAUUUAAAAAUGUAAUGAACAAAUCAGAAAACAGCUCAAUUAAUGACCUUUCGGAAAAAUAUAACCAUAGGAUAGGCGACACGUUUAACUUUACGGGGGCCAAAUGCGAUAAUAUGCAGUUAAAGAAUAUGUGGCUGGGAAACUACAAUAAUAAAGAUGAUAAUAAUAGGAUGAAGAAGAACGAGUUUUUUAACAAACCGUUUAAUCAUAUUACAUCCUAUUUUGUGUGUGCAGGAAUUGGUGGCGGAAUAGCCGCCGUGGUAACAAAUCCACUUGACGUUAUUAAGACGAGGAUUCAGACGGAGUGCAUUAAUGCAAAAGGUUUUAGUUUUUAUCGAGUCGUAUCGAACUUGUAUCAUAAGGAGGGUUUUCGUUGCUUUUUCAAGGGAUCCGUGGCAAGAAUGGCUCUGUGUAUUCCUGCUUCAGCCAUAUCAUGGGGGACGUACGAAACGAUGAAGAGGUUUUUUAAAGUUAACCUCAAUUCGGCCUAG